AUGGUGGAGGGAUUCGGUACUAUGAAAAGAUUUGAUAGAGAUACUAUCAAUUAUAAAAAAAAUAUCAAUUUUGAAAUUGAUAUUCCACCACCUCCACCAAUUCUACAUCAAGGACCACCACCACCACCACCUACAACACUUGACAAUCCAUCACCUCAACAAGAUCAAUUAACUGGUGCAAAAAAAAAGAGUGGAUAUUUUGGUGGAUUAUUAAUUGAACAACAUGUUGGUAUACAUUUAACUAUUUCAUUAGGAUUAAUUUGA